UACUGCAGCUUCCAGCCUGUGGCAGUUGUUCUUACGGAAGCGGCUGGUCUCUUUUUCCUCACAUUUCAGCCAGGACAUUUGCACUGGAUUUUGAAGCUAGCUGUAGAAGCCCACUGGAGACAUCUAGCUCAGUACAAAGAGCAGAAAAUAAUCCCAAGAGCAAACAGAGCCACUUCAUAGCCUCACUCUGCAUUCUGCCUAAAUAAGAAAGCUCUUCUCAAGGCAGAGCCCACUGAGAAGUGAGAAUGGCAAAGGCAGGGAUUCUGUUUCUCCGGGUUUGCGUGCAGCUGCUUGCUCUGCCCAUAUACCUGCUAUCAUUCCUAGGUAUAUGGGAUCCAUUCUGCAAGAAGAUAUUCUUUCCCUUUUUCAUAGAGAAGUUAACUGCAAGUUACAACCGGAAGGCAUCAAGGCACAAACAAGAGCUGUUCUCCAACUUGCAGGAAUUUGCAGGACCUUCAGGGGAACUGACUUUGUUGGAGAUUGGGACUGGCACUGGUGCCAACUUCCAAUUCUACCCAUUUGGCUGCAAAAUCACCUGCACUGACACAAACCUCAACUUCCAGCAUGGUCUCUCCAAGAGCAUGUCCCAGAACCAGCACCUCCAAUUUCAACGCUUCCUGGUGGUUCCAGGGGAGGACUUGAAUCAAGUGGCAGACAGUUCUAUGGAUGCAGUGGUUUGCACCCUGGUCCUGUGCUCAGUGCAAAGCAUAGAGAGGGUCUUGAAAGAAGUUUUGAGAGUACUCAGGCCCGGUGGAGCUUUCUAUUUCUUAGAACAUGUGGCUGCAGAUUGUUCAAGCUGGUGCUAUUUUUGGCAGGAAGUCUAUUAUCCAACUUGGAAACUUGUGUUUGCUGGAUGCUGCCUGACAAGAGAGACCUGGAAAAGCCUUGAACAGGCCAAGUUUUCAGAAAUAAAGUUACGGCACAUACAAAUGCCAUUAUACUGGACUCCAGUUCAGUCUCAUAUAAUUGGAUAUGCUAUAAAAUAAUUUUGUGCUGUGAUGUUUGCACUUCUUAAUAUUUGUAUAAAUCAUCUAAUUAAUUUACUCACAUCUACAUGUUUUGUUAGUCUAUAAAGUGCUACCAGACCUUUUUUUUUUCCUGUACAGACUAACUCAGCUACCCUGAAGCUUCUGAACAUAAUUAAUGGCCACUCUUAAAUAGCAAAAAAUCUCAAAGGGAUAGCCAUGUUAGUCUGUAACUUUAGAAACAAGAAGUAGUUGUGUGGCACCUUUGAGAUUAACAAAAACAUCCAGGAUCAUGAGUUUUUGUGGGUAAAACCCACUUCAUCAGAUGAGCUGGAGUAGAAAUAACAGAAUUGA